AUGUUGAGAGACAAAUACAAGAUUCUGGGAACAGUCUCAGUUGUUGGAUGGUGUCUGCAGCAGAUGGAAAUGGACGGCCUGUCCGUGGAUGAUGUGUUCAGACAGUGUGUAUUUAAAAAGGAUGAAAGAGAAAUGGUUCUGAGGGCCGUCCAAUUGGUGCAACCCGAAUACCAACCCAAUGUAUCCAGAGAUCAACAUGUCUGUUCCCUGCCAUUGGUGGAACAGUUUUAUGCUGAGAGGGAAGGUGCCACGUAUCCUAAACUGGACUUCAGCCUGAAAGAACUGCGGGACCGGUUUAGUCUUCAGCUGGCUAUGGAAAAAGCCACUACCAUCACUAUUGACUCAGUGGAGGCCUUAAAGCCUGUCACCGAAAACAUGGCCAAAAUGAGAGAAUUACUAGCAACACGGCGCAAACACUGGGAGAAAGCUCUCCUCCAUGCACUGAAGGAAAAGAAACGGAUAUUAUCCAGCAAAAGCCAGAAGUCCUGGAGUACCUGCAUAUACCCAUACCUGUGUAUCCUGGAUGAUCAGGAUUAUGUGAACAUCAUGCUUCAGAGUUUAGACAAGCAGUCACCCAGUGGUGAAUCUUUGCUUAUCAUGGCGGAGGAGAUGGGAAACCGAGUCUACAAUUUGUACUCCAUCCCGCAGAAGAGCCACAGUCAGAUGAUUGAGAAGCUUGGGAGUAUCUACAACUCGUAUGCUGAGCUCCUGGCAAACGACAUUGAGACCAAUGGCAUGCUGCUGCGGGACUAUUGGGCGAGUCUUGAGAUGGAGAGGUACAGCGGUCCCUCUCUUUUAAGUGACGACACCCCUUGGCCGAUGGUUCUGAUGGUGCAGCUGGGCAGCUUACUGGUUGACCUGAUGGUUCAUGAGCUCAAAAUUUGGAGCAACAUCCUCAAUCCUGCUCAAGAUAAGAAGCUCAUCCCCAUCCUUUACCACAUGUACACGUUCUGCAGCAAUCAUAAGAUUGGCUUCAUCAAACCACAUCCUAUUGUGACACAAAUCCAGAGGGUUGCGAUGGAAACCAAACUCACAUUCGACUCUUACGUCAUGCCCAUGCUGUGUCCUUCUGUUCCCUGGACGUCCCCAAAGAGCGGCGCUUACUUGUUGACGCCAACCAAGUUGAUGCGCUCCACCGAUGGAGCCAUCCAACACCAACUUCUCCUGGAGAAGAGUCGAGAUGAGGAUCUUCAUGCCGUGCUGGACUCCCUCAAUCAGGUGGGCAACUGUCCCUGGAAGAUCAACAAGCCCCUGUUAUACAUCAUCAUCUCAAUCUUCAAUGACAAAGGCAGCGACAAGCUCUGCAUCCCUCCACCUCUCUCCGAAGCACCCGAGAUUCCUCGCUUCAACCCUCACGACCCGUCUUAUACUCAGGCCGAGAAGGCCUACAUGAAACGGGAGGGAGUCAAAGCCAAGAAGAAGGUGGCGGAGAUGCACAGCCUCCGAAUGGAUGCGCUGUAUAAGUUGUCCAUUGCCAACCACAUGAGGGACGAGAUCUUUUGGUUUCCACACAAUAUGGACUUCCGAGGGCGUACCUACCGCCGGCCGCCUUAUUUUAACCACCUUGGUAGUGACGUGACCAGGGGAUUGCUGCUGUUUGCCGAGGGAAGGCCUCUCGGGCCCAAAGGCCUCGACUGGUUGAAGAUCCAUCUGGUGAACCUCACGGGGUUGAAGAAGCGUAGCUCACUAGCUGGAAGACUGGAGUAUGCUGAGAGUAUCAUGGAGGACAUCCUAGACUCGGCAGACCGUCCUCUUGACGGUCGCAAAUGGUGGAUGAAUGCAGAUGAGCCGUGGCAGGCACUGGCUUGUUGUAUGGAGAUAGCAAAUGCCUCACGCUCACCCGACCACACCAAAUUCAUCUCUUAUUUCCCAGUACAUCAGGACGGUUCGUGCAACGGCCUGCAGCACUAUGCUGCCCUCGGGCGGGAUGUGAUUGGUGCUACUUCGGUGAACCUCAUGCCCUGUGAACUGCCUCAGGAUGUCUACAGUGGUGUAGCUCAGCAGGUGGAAGAGUUCAGGGCUCGGGAUGCAGAGAAGGGUUUGAAGAUCGCGCAGGUGCUGGAGGGCUUCAUCAGUAGGAAGGUGGUGAAGCAGACGGUGAUGACUGUGGUCUAUGGCGUCACGCGCUACGGGGGCCGUCUGCAAAUCGAAAAGCGACUGAAGGAAAUCGAUGAUUUCCCUAAGGAAUACAUAUGGGAUGCGUCACAUUACCUGGUGAAGCAGGUUUUCAGCAGCUUGAAGGAAAUGUUCACUGGGACAAGAGAAAUUCAGGAAUGGCUGACGGAGAGUGCUAAGCUAAUAGCUAUGUCUGGGAAAACGGUGGAAUGGGUAACGCCGUUGGGACUUCCUAUCGUUCAGCCCUACCACCGAAUAAAAAACCAAACGCUCAAGGGCAGCAUGCAGAACCUGAGCAUCCAUAUAAGUCAUGAUGCCAAUGAGAAACCAGACAGCAUGAAGCAGAAAAACGCCUUCCCUCCUAAUUUCAUCCACUGUCUGGACUCCACUAACAUGAUGCUGACAUCACUGCAUUGUUACAGGGCUGGUCUGACGUUUGUGUCCGUCCAUGACUGUUAUUGGACCCAUGCUGUGACGGUGGACACCAUGAACAGGGUGUGUCGUGAGCAGUUUGUGGCUCUGCACAGUCAGCCCAUUCUAGAGGAGCUGUCUGGGUUUCUUCUGAAGAAAUAUUGCAGCAGGCCUCCGGUUAUAUCUAAGCCAAAGAAGUUUGAAGAGUACUAUAAGAUGGCACAGCUUUUGGCCAGCGUUCCUCAAACAGGUGAUUUCGACCUGGAAAAGGUGAAAGAAUCAGUGUAUUUCUUCAGCUGAAGAGCGUAUCGUGCGCUGACGGACAGCUUUCAUCAGGAGGCUGAGAGCCCUCCACAGACCUCAUCAAAACAAGUGUGCAUGACUGAGACCGGAUUGGUCGAUCUGGUAGAUAAGUGAGUGUAUGUGAGAGAAUGUUUGUGUGUGUGUCUGUCUUGUCAUAUUAUCAUAAAGUCAUCACGUAAGCACUGAAGCAGAGUUCUGGUGGAGGCGAACAGCAGGAGUCGCCCUUGAGUGCGGGUGCGAGAGCAUGGAAGCGUAUAUGCAAUCUCCUCUCGGUAUGGAGCGAGAACGCUCUCUCGGCGGGGCUCUGAUCUGCUCCUUCACUCCUGAGUGCUAACGCGGGGCUGAUUAACCACAUGAUUCUGGCUCUCAUCGAUUUCAAGGCAGCCCCGUCUGAAAGGCCCUCUCUGACAUUUCCACUUGGACAUGAUUUACUCCCAGCAUCCCCCUGCAGCUGGCGGCUCUCGUAUUCACAGCCAGUGAAGAAACGUGAGGAUGUUUAUGAUAAUAGAUCAGAGCACCUUUAGGAGUAUUUUGGGAAAACUUUGGAUGACGUGUGACUUUGUGGCCAUGUGGCGUCCUUUUUUUAAGGACUCGAGAGCACUUAAAUGACUGUUUUAUGAUCAAAGACGUUUUGAUCCGUUGGGUGCUUGUCGGGGAAUGUACACAUGGCAUUCGGUGAGAAAUAAAGUCAAUAUUUUUGCACUCUGGGUCUGCGAAAGGUUAAUUGUUAUUGAAAUUUCAAGACCCAAUAACUUGCUUCAGCAGCUUUCUUUCUGUUUUUUGGAUUUUCAAAACAUUUUAUUACAAAGGGCAAUGCGAAACAAAACCAAUCCAAUGUAAGGCUACAAUUGAUUACACAAGCGUUGACGUCAACAGACCUGCUCAUUUCCUGACAUCUCGAACAACCUCUGCAUGGGAAGUUGCCCUUACAAUAAUAAUAGCUCAUGGGCUUAGAGACACUUAGCGCCAAUGUUUCCUCAAUUUACCGGCGAAAGAAAUUCAAUUUUACCCGAGUUGAGUUUGCAGUGUGAUCAGAUAAACAUGUCUUUCUACAGCACAAUGACCAGUUUAAUGUGAUUCACAAGCCAGUGACACUUAUGAAGUAAAUAAAACACUCAGAAGACGAACUCUGUUUAGAUCAUUUAAACCUAAUCCUUAGCUGAAUAAAUCAUUAAAUCUGUCAAUGUUACAGAUUUAUCUGAUUUGCUGAUUCAU